AUGAGCGACAAUGAACGAGAAAUGUGGGUGGACAUGGCCGGUCGACUAGACAUGCCUACGAAGAAAUUCAACUCCAUUCUCGAUGUUUUAGCUCCUGAUGCUAAGCGGUUAAAAGGCAAAAGCAAGACCGUUUGGUCUACUACACAAGCUGACUACUGUUAUAGCAAUAGCGGUAGGAGUAGUAGCAGUAACAGCAAUAGUCAAUGGAACCAGCAGCUAGCAGCAGCAAACAGCAGCAGUACUAAUAGCACUACUACUACCACCAACAGCAAUAGUAUCAGCAGUAGUAGCAGUAGCAGUAGCAGCAGCAGUAGCAGUAACAGCAAUAGCGCACGGUUAACAAUGCCUUUAUCCACGCUCGCGACCAACGCCGAAUCAACGAGAAGAGACGGGGCCGCUUACGCUUUCAAGUGUAUCCAAGCGAAAGGAUUUUCAGUGACUCCAAGCGUCACGUUAAAAUGCAGAAAGUAA